GUGUGGGAGGGUGGUGACCGGUGCAGAAAGAAAUAUCGUGGCGGAAUGUGAAGCCACAAUGUUGGUUGAGGUCGGCGGACUGGAGGUGGCGGUCGAGGUCUUUCUCGUUGGCGAAGAAGAUUUGACACUCCUCACACUUGUGGCGUUUUUGGGUGAAGUCCAUAGAGUGCUGGCCAAUAUGCUGAGCGAGCUCGCCGCUACCAGAACGAAAGACGUCUCCGCAGAGAUCGCAGGACUCUUGUGGAAGUUCGGAGACAGGUCGUUGGAGAAGGGUCUUGACAUAUGCCAUGGUCUGAUCGACGUGAAUUACGUCGUUGAAGCCAAAGUCGAAGCCGUCAAAUUCGCAGCCAGAGUCACAGCGUGGUUGAUCGUCCUUGUUCCAGGUAUAGUCGCCUUGGUAGAUCCAGUAGUAUUGAGAUUUGGAAGGGCCGACAGACUCGUCAACAUACGCCUCGUCGAUCUCCGGAGCAAACGAUGAUUGGAGCAUGCCAUCGCAUCCUCCAAGACCGCUCGCGAGGUGGGUGGGCAGGUAGUCAGCAAGGAACAUGUCGCCACACUCUGGACAUGCCUCCAUGUGGUUGCUGUGCCGUGUGCCAACAUGCUCGCGUUGUGGAGAGUCCAAUCCAAGAUCGUAUUGCAAGGAUCUUUGCCGAAUUGACGAGUCAUCCUCGAUGGACUUGACGAAACGUUCCUUGGAAGAUUCACCAGACAGCAUUUGAGCAGCCAAGUUGUGAAACUUCAAGACGUCUACAUCUUGAUCGGUGGUUGAGAAAUGGAAGCCGGGUAGUAGUUCAGGCAUGUCGUAGGAUUGUGGUGUCAUGGGUCGGUCGAUGCUUUCUUCGGAGGAUCGUGGAGAGUAUGAUAGACCAGGUGGACUACGGUCUAGUAUUGGUGAUUCUCCCUCCAGGAUGAAUCCAUUGCGUUUUGGUGAGCGAGGCAUCAUCUUGAUGUGAGGUGUGAGGUGAGGCUGGCACCUCAGUCAAACGGUCGCUUAGUCAAACGGCGGGGUGGCAGGUAAGAGGUGGAUGCAACGGCGAAGAGAGGGUCAGUACAUCAUAUAUCACCAGAGGUGUGAUGAUGAGCUGGCUCCUGGCAGUCAAUCAUGAGGUGGCGCUGCAGAAAAGCUUUGCG